AUGCCUUCGCCUAUCUGGGCCCUCGCGGCCGCAGUUGCCCCGGCCUUCGUCAACGCCGCAACUCUCGCCGACGUGUGUACGACUGCCCACGCGCAAGAAGCUCUCCCCGCGAGCGGCUUCAUUCCCGGAAUCACCAUCGACGCGUCCUCUGUCGUGACCUCGGUCGUCAGCAACGCUUCCGUCUCCUCCGAGUGGUAUCCCUCGGCCGCCAUCGAGUACUGCAACGUCACCUUUGCCUACUCUCACGACGGUCUCGCCGGCGAUAAAGUCCACGUAACGUACUGGGUGCCCUCUCCCGACGCCUUCCAGAACCGCUACGUCUCGACUGGCGGCGGUGGCCUGGCCAUCAACUCUGGAAGCCAGUACAUUCCUACCGGAAUCAUUGUUGGUGCCGUCUCUGGUAUCACUGAUGGCGGCUUUGGAGACUUCAACACGCAAUGGGAUGCUGUCUUCCUCGCGGCCAACGGUACUGUGAAUUGGCAGUCCGUUUACAUGUUUGGAUACCAGGCGCACAACGAGCUGGCGACGCUGGGCAAGGAGUUCACCAAGAAGUUCUACAGUGUUGCCGCGGACCAGAAGAUCUAUUCCUACUACCAAGGCUGCUCUGAGGGUGGCCGCGAGGGAUGGAGUCAGGCUCAGCGUUUUGCGGACCAAUUUGACGGUCUUGCUAUUGGCGCUCCUGCUUUCAGAUACGGACAGCAGCAGGUAAACCACUUGACGGCCAACGUCAUGGAACAAACCCGAAACUACUUCCCUCCCACAUGCGAACUCGAAAAGAUCCUCAACAUGACCAUCGCCGCUUGCGAUCCUCUCGAUGGAAAAGCUGACGGGGUCAUCGCCCGGUCCGACCUCUGCAAGAACACCUUUGACUUCAACACCACUGUCGGUCAAGCAUACUCCUGCCCCGCCAAGGCUGCCAGCACCGGCCCUGGAUUCCCUACCCCGGCAAGCCCGGCCCAGAACGGCACUGUGACCGCCGACGCCGCCGCCCUGGUGAAGGAAUACUACGACGGUCUCCACGACUCCACGGGCAAGCGCGUUUACCUCAACUACCAACCCGGCUCAGCCUUCUCCGACGCCACUGCCUCCUUUGACGAAGCGACACAGACCUGGGGCCUGAGCAUCUCCGGCCUCGGCGGCGAAUGGGUAGCGCGCUACCUCCAGCUUCGCGACACCAGCGACCUCGGCAACCUCGCCAACGUCACUGCUGAUACUCUCCGCGACUGGAUGCUUUACGGUAUGAACAAGUACGCCGACUCAUUGCAGACGACGCACCCGGACCUGAGCGGUAUCCAGUCCGCCGGCGGCAAGAUCCUCCACAUCCACGGCGAGCAGGACGACUCCAUCCCCGCCGCCUCGUCUGUGCACUACUAUGAGUCUGUGAGGAGCAUCAUGUUUCCGGGUCAGAGCUUCAACGACAGCGGUGCCGCGAUGGACGAGUUCUACAGGCUGUACCUCGUUCCCGGUGGCGCCCACUGCGGUGUCAACUCGAACCAGCCCGGUGGUGGAUGGCCCCAGACUACGCUGCAGACUGUCAUCGAGUGGGUUGAAAAGGAUACCGCACCCGCGACGCUAAACAACACCGGCGUCGGUAUCGAAACGCUCUGCCGCUGGCCCAUGCGACCUUUGUGGUCUAACGACGGUGCCUCGUUCGAUUGUGUUUAUGACCAGGCUUCUAUUGACAGCUGGAUGUACACUUUCGAUGCCUUCAAGAUGCCCAUCUACUAA